CAGUGCAAUUCGCAAUGACACAUUGAAAUUGAGUUUCUAGUAACCAGCUGCAAGAUUUUAAAUUAUAAUUAAAAAUUGCGUCUUAUUAUAACAAGGAAAGUGUUACAUGAGUUUAGUGUUUCGUUUUUAUUAUUCGAUUUCAUCAUAAAUUUGAGCAACAGUCGCUAAAAUGGCUUACGCCUACUUGUUCAAAUACAUCAUCAUCGGCGACACAGGUGUGGGCAAGUCAUGCUUGCUGCUCCAGUUCACUGACAAAAGAUUUCAGCCAGUCCAUGACCUGACCAUUGGUGUUGAGUUUGGUGCCCGCAUGAUCACCAUAGAUGGCAAGCAAAUCAAACUUCAGAUAUGGGACACUGCCGGUCAAGAGGCAUUUAGGUCAAUCACCCGAUCAUACUACAGGGGUGCAGCAGGUGCACUGCUAGUGUACGACAUCACUAGACGAGAGACGUUUAACCAUUUGACUACCUGGCUAGAAGACGCCCGCCAGCAUUCCAAUUCAAAUAUGGUUAUCAUGCUUAUCGGUAAUAAGAGUGACUUGGAAUCGCGGCGCGAAGUGAAAAAGGAAGAAGGCGAGGCGUUCGCACGCGAACACGGGCUUGUGUUCAUGGAAACGUCAGCAAAGACCGCUGCUAACGUUGAGGAAGCCUUCAUCAACACUGCCAAGGAAAUCUACGAGAAGAUACAGGAGGGCGUCUUCGACAUCAACAAUGAGGCGAACGGCAUCAAGAUCGGUCCGCAGCACUCGACGGGCGGCGCAGGCGGUGCGGGGGGCGCGGGCGCGGGCGGUGCGCCGCCGGGCGGCUGUUGUUAGGUGCUGCGCUGCACACGCUGAGGCCACUCGAUACAAACAGGUGCAGCUGUGUGCAACAAACUUUGGUACGAAACUUACUGCAAGACGGAUUAACUAGUUUUAUUUUUAUGCUACAAUUGUUGCAUCUCAACUCGCUGUAAUAGUGACAAUGCGGAACGAAUCUAUGUAAUUUCAAUUCCAGGUAUCCUGAAAAAUACCUGCCAAUUAAAAGGUAACUUAGUCAUUUUAUACAACAAACCCUCUAUUUUCUAUUUUUACUUGAAUAAUAAUUACUUAAUCUUACAAAAUGAUAAUAUGUUUACAUUUACAUUAAUCCAAAAUGCACGGUGCUACUGUAUCACCAUCACAAUCGCCUUUGCAUUCUCUCUCUCACACAAUCUCAAUGGAGUUCUCAGUACCUAAUUUUUAAACAGAGAUUCUGCCAGAAUUCGUAAAAUCCACAAUCGCUGCAGGCAUUUAGGUUUGCUAACCAUUUCAAAUUAUCGAUUUAACAAAAAAAAAAUACGUCAAAUGUCGUCACAUCUAUGUAUAUAUGUACAAGCUUCGUUACCUAGUGAAAGUUUUGAUGUUCGAUAUUUUUGCUACAACAAUGCAUUUUAGCCAAUAGCGAGAGUGUCGGCCAAUCAGUGGAGAUUGUGAUCGUCACUGUCGUAAUCGAGACCCCGAUUUUAAUAUCUCUCUAUUAUGGCACUCUACACACAGUUCCAAGAAUACUUAAAUUCGGCCAUUGUUUUUCAAGACUUAUUUUUUGUCAUAUCGCCAUAUUGGAUUUGUAAUAACGUCAUAAUAUUGGCCAUGACAUGUAGCCAAUGACACCUCAUUUAGUUUGACAAUUAUGAAUGACAACAACCGACAAACAUACAUAGACUGCUCAACUUAUACUAACUGACUGGAUUACUGGAUGAGUUGGUUACAGCUUACUGGAUUAAUGUAAAUGUAUCCUCAUUAAUGUUCACGACUAUGACUUAUUAUAAUAAAAGAAGUACACAGAUUUAUUCAGACGUUUCUUUAAUCUUCUAGAAAAUAUUGUUUCUUAGCUAUAUAGACGUUUUAUAUAAAUUAGGCAUUGGUAAACCCUUAUUUCAAUUUUUUAUUUACUAUGUAGUGGCAGUAAUGUCUCGUAUAGCUAUACUAUCAUAAAUAUCUAAAGUAAGUCUAAGUAAAUUCAUUACGCGUAACCAGGCUCUGGCGUCGAUUCUGAUGUCUUUGUCUAAAUAAAAUUUAAGAGUAUCUGCAUCUUUUUCUUUUUAAUAUUACUAAAAAAGGACAGAAAAUGAGUUUAAAAUUAAAUACUUGAAAUUUUAGUGAGACUAGAAAAACAGUAUGCUUUGGCACCUUAAGUCACGAGGUUUGACAGUUUUAAAUUAAAAUAAGUUUGUCUGUCUUUUCUUAUUACAUUAGUAAGAAAAAAAUGUGAUUACUCAGAAAUUUUAUUGCCAUCAGAAUCGGUACCAAUGAGUAAAUGUAAGAAUGGACCAGGCGUGGAAUCAUAUACCUGUAUUUUAUGUAUAUUAUUCAUCAUUCAUGAAAUUGUAAUGUUUGUGUUGUUUCAUUUAGACUUGACUCUGAUGCAAUGAAUUUUGUAGCGCCACAUUCGACAUAUAAAUUGUAAAACUGUCAAAUCGACGUCACAAUAAUCGAGAUAUUGUGGCUAAUUAGUUUAAAAAUUGUGUACAACAGAAUUAGCCACAUUGGCGGCCACAAGCCCAGUGGGGCUAAUUUGUUAGGUACAUAAUAUUAUUAUUUGCAUUUUGCACCCAGUGUGUUAAUAUCCAUAAUUUGAACAAGCAUUGCAAACAAAAGCAUGUUAUUUUUUUUUUGCUAUUUUUUUUAAAAUUCUUACUCGAGCCAAUAGUGAAGUAAAGUGACUAAUAAUUUCAAUUAUGUUUAGUUAAGUUCUAAUAUAACAUCGGUGAAGGGAGUAUGCUUAGAUUUGUAGCUGCUUCCAGGCUUAGUUUAUACUGAACCAAAUUGCUGGGCUACGGUUUUUAACUUUAAAGUAUAAGAACGAUUAAUUAUUAUUAUUGACAUGAUAAGACGUAGAAAAUUGAAAAUAAGUUACAUUGACAUAAAUGACAAGAUAUGGUCGUCCGAACAAAAAUCUUUCAUGGUUUAAUCAAUAAAUAAAUCAGCGCAAUAUCUUAAAUAUGUACUUAUAAACUCGGCAUUUUAGCACAGAGGAAUCGGUGCCAUUAUGUUUGUUCAAUGACUGGGUCCAUACAAAGUAAUAUGGUCUAUGAUAAGUUAAUAUUAAGCAGCAUCACUCUGUCAAAAUCAAUAACGUGGCCUAGCAAUCGGUAGGUGUGAACUUGGCUUAGUAUUAAAAUGCUGUGAAUUUUAAAGUGAUAUAAGUAAAUGCGUUACAGCCUUUGCCCAGAAAGAAAUCACACUAAUUUCUGUUUACUAUCUUGACAUGUAAAUGUGCAUACAUCUUACCAAUAUUAGCUAAAUUAUCGACAA